GGAGAAUCAUCCUUACUUCAAUUUCAGUACUUCGAUGUCGACGUCGCCACCGCCGACCAUCUUGACAAAGCAACGCCCUCGACAUCCACCACGCAAUUCUUCGUUCAGCAGACGACAUGCAUCCUUCGACACGCCGCGAGAGGUACCCCUACCGUUAGUGGACCCACCCGCAUACAGCGAAGAACAAGUAGAGUCGGACUGGACAAACAUAACAACAGCGUCGGGAGCUUCGACGGGGCAACAGAUAUUGCCGUACCCAAGGCCUUACUCGUUGCCGUCGCAGAGCUCACCUGCCUCUCCAAUUCUUGCCGCUGCUGCUCCGUCUCAAAUUGACCGGACGUCGUCUGCUUCCUUACCAAUACCGCCACAAAUACCAUUUCAUACCCUUCCAAAAGCAGCGCCUGUUACUGAAGAGGAUGAGCAUCCUGGCCCCCUUCCUUCACCUCCCCUGCCUGAGCCCCAGUCCCAGACUCAGCGUCCGACAUCCCUCCCAGUCCCGACACCUAUUCCCAGACCUCCGUCUAUAUCACGAACCAGACCCUCAUCCUCAGCAUCCUCCUCUUCAUACCCACCGCCCGAACCUCCAACAAUCCUCCCUUCACAACAACCUCCGGCUCAUUCGGAGCCAUCAUUAGCCCCCCAUGAGCCAUUCCUAUCAAACGCACCCCCGCCUCCAGACUCGUGGAUCGAAGUCGAGACCACUCCCCAAGAGUACCGUCUCAACGUGUGCUUACCGGGUUUCAAGCGUGAUGCCAUAACACUCGCUACGAAGCGGAGGCGUAUAUUACAUGUUGUCGCAGAUUCAUGGGAUGCUGGCGGAGGUCAUUUUGAAAGGCGCAUAUCAUUUGGUUAUGACGCCGACCUCGUCCAGGUCCGUGCCGAAUUCGAUGGCGAGAUGCUGCGAGUCAUCGUGCCCAGAAGGGCGCCUGGAAGCGGAGCCAUUUGGUCAAGUUAAACAUAUUCGUUUUCGUAACAUGGUUUAUCAUCAUUCAUUAUCUAUUCAGACUACACUAGUAUACCGCCACGUUUACUCACGUAUCAUACGACCGGACUAAAUACCAUCCUAUCAUCCUUUCCUAUCAUUUAUUGUUGUUCAUGUAUGUUAGUUACCAUGCAUAUGCACCACUUCCGACCACCCGAAUUGCUUCAUAUUUUGCUAUAUCUAAUUCGUAGGCACAGUGACCGGGGGAUUUGCGCGUCGUCAUUGUAUGUAACGCUGAUAGCG